CAGAGCCUUCUUCUUCCUCCUCACGCUGACCUUCUCCCUUUUCUUCCCUGCUCUACUCCUCUGCCUCCUGCACGCUGCACCAGAUCCCUUCACCUCUGCGCCCAGAUCCCGAGCCUUGCUCUGCACCAGAUCCCCUCACCUUCUGCGCCCAGAUCCCCUUUCCUCUACACCACCCACUGUCGCCAAUCAUGUCCCUUUGCACACCAGCAUCAUUGACAAUCAUACCCCCUCUGCACCGAGCCUGUGCCCCUCUCCUCUGUGCCCCACUGCCAGCAAUCAUGCCCUCUGCACACCACGCCCUAUCCCCCUGCACUGAGCCUAUGUCCCUGCUGCUACAUCGAGCCUGCCCUCCUGCACUCUGUGCCCCAAUCCCUCGCCUCUGCACUCCUGCUCACUACAGCCAUGCCCCUGCCUCACCUACAGAAAAAAACAGCAAUACCAGACAAAAUUGGCAUUAUUAGUGAUUGACGGAGCAAGACUUUUCUUUAUUUAUUUCAUUUUUUUUAUUUUUGUUAUUUGGGUAUAUAGAGCAAAAAGCAGAGUAAAGAGGAGAAUUUUUUGUUGAUUUCGGGUUCUUUUUUUGGGAGCUAGGAGUUUUCUUCUGGUUUUGAGUUUGGUGUUGACAGCAGAGAAAAGGGGAUUUUUUCUGCUAGAGGGAGCCGGUUUUGUGAGAGGAGAUUGUCAAGGUUGCAAGAGGAAUUCCAUUUUCUGGAGUGGCUAUCUUUAGGUAUAUCUCUGAACAGAGAAUUUUUGUUAGGAAAAUGGUGAAAGAGAUGGUGGAAGCUUGAUCCCAUGGGUGGGAUCCCUUCCAUCAGAUCCAGAUCCGUUUUUCUUUCAAAAAUUCGCUAUGUUUGUUUUCCUGUGGGUGUUUAUUGUUUUUUUAUCUGAUGUUAAGAUUGAAUGUGUUUCUUGAAAAAUGAAUGAAAAGCCAAAAG